AGGAGGAGGAGAGAGCAGAGUAUACCGCAGACAUCAUUUCUACUACAGUGGCGGAGCCGUACAGGACCUGUUUCACUGCAGGGGGAUUCAAAACAAGCCCCGUGGAGCAGCAGCCAGAGCUACAGCAGCCGCAAGACACUGUUUCUCUCCCUCUGCCCCCCCUUCCCCACGCCACCCCAGAUCCAUUUACACUUUACAUAGCAUCGCGCAGCAAGUCACCAGGGUGGUCCAUUCAAACUGCAGCUUUGUUUGUCAUCCCUGUACAGCAGUCUCCUCCUCCACGGCCACUACAGGGAAGUGCAUCACCCAUCAGCAUACUGGAGCAAAAUGAAAGAGUUUAUUUGGAGGCCUCAGAAGUACUGCUGCUACUGACCAUGAGCAAGAGAGAAAGCGUGGACUUCAGCCUGCAUGAAUGGUCUUGAAACAAAUGGUUUUGGGUCUGGGCAUUUUACAUUGAGUUUUCUACUGCCAUCCUUUCUACUCAAGCAAAAUCUGUGUGAAAAGAUCUGCUGGGAAGGAGCUGAUUGCUUAUGUAUCUCCAUUGUGAUGAAAGCACAUGGUACAGUUUUCCAAAGAAAUUAGUUCGUUUUCUGGGUACAGAGAAGCCAAUCUGCUGUUUUCAUAGGGUAUUUCUCACUUCUCUGUGAAAGGAAGAAAGAACACGCCUGAGCCCAGGAGCCCUCCUGCUUCCUGUGGGACGUCUCCAUGGUGAAGGAAGCCUGGGGUGCCCAGUGAACAGCGCACAGUGAAUGUUAUUCCAGAGCUGCUGCUGGCGGAUCGCACCCACGGGGAGAUGAUUCCUCAUGAAGAGCCUGGAUCCCCUACAGAAAUCAAAUGUGACUUUCCAUUUAUCAGACUAAAAUCAGAACCAGCCAGACAGUGAAACAGUCACCGUGGAAGGGGGACGGCGAAAAAUGAAAUCCAACCAAGAGCGGAGCAACGAAUGCCUGCCUCCCAAGAAGCGCGAGAUCCCCGCCACCAGCCGGCCUUCGGAGGAGAAGGUCACGGUCCUGCCCAGUGACAACCACCGGGCGGAGGGCGUGGCAUGGCUCCCAGGCAACCCUGGUGCGCGAGGCCACGGGGGCGGGAGGCAUGGCCCGGCGGGGACUUCAGUGGAGCUUGGUUUACAACAGGGAAUAGGUUUACACAAAGCGCUGUCCACGGGGCUGGACUACUCCCCACCCAGCGCACCCAGGUCUGUCCCGGCGACCACCACGCUGCCCACGGUGUACCCUCCCCCGCAGUCAGGGACUCCGGUGUCGCCUGUGCAGUACGCUCACCUGCCGCACACUUUCCAGUUCAUUGGGUCCCCCCAGUACAGCGGGCCCUACGCAGGAUUCAUCCCUUCACAGCUCAUCUCCCCAACGGCCAGCCCAGUCACCAGUGCAGUGGCCUCUGCCGCGGGGGCCACCACUCCAUCCCAGCGCUCCCAGCUGGAGGCCUAUUCCACUCUGCUGGCCAACAUGGGCAGUCUGAGCCAAGCCUCAGGACACAAGGCUGAGCAGCAGCAGCACUUAGGCAGGACUCCGGGGCUCAUCGCGCCAGGGUCCCCACCACCCACCCAGCAGAACCAGUACGUCCACAUUGCCAGCUCUCCACAGAACGCCGGGCGCACGGCCUCUCCGCCAGCCAUCCCCGUCCACCUCCACCCCCACCAGACGAUGAUCCCACACACGCUCACCCUGGGGCCUUCCCCUCAGGUCGUAGUGCAAUACACUGACUCUGGCAGCCACUUUGUUACUCGGGAGGCCACCAAGAAAGCUGAGAGCAGCAGGCUGCAGCAGGCCAUGCAGGCCAAGGAGAUCCUGAACGGGGAGAUGGAGAAGGGCCGCAGGUACGGGGCUCCCACCUCAGCAGACCUGGGCCUGGUGAAGGCCGGCAGCAAGCCAGCUCCGCACCCGUACGAGUCCCGGCACGUGGUCGUCCACCCUGGCCCCGCCGACUAUGGCGGUCGGGAGUCCUCAGGGGUCCGCGCCUCCGUGAUGGUCCUGCCCAACAGCAACACACCCACAGCUGACUCGGAAGUGCAGCAGGUCACACACCGCGAGGCCUCGCCCUCCACCCUCAACGACAAAGGUGGCCUGCAUUUAGGGAAGCCCGGGCACCGAUCCUACGCGCUCUCACCCCAACAGGCUCUGGGCCCCGAAGGCGUGAAGGCCGCCUCCGUUGCCACGCUGUCACCCCACACUGUCAUUCAGACCACACAUAGUGCUUCGGAGCCACUCCCAGUUGGGCUGCCAGCCACGGCCUUCUACACGGGGACGCAGCCGCCUGUCAUCGGGUACCUGAGCAGCCAGCAGCAAGCGAUCACAUACGCGGGCAGCCUGCCCCAGCACCUGGUCAUCCCGGGCACCCAGCCCCUGCUCAUUCCGGUUGGCAGUGCUGACGUGGAGGGGUCGGGAGCAGCCUCUGCGAUAGUCACCUCGUCGCCCCAGUUUGCAGCAGUGCCUCACACGUUCGUCACCACCGCCCUUCCCAAGAGCGAGAACUUCAGCCCAGAGGCCCUGGUCACCCAGGCCGCCUACCCGGCCAUGGUGCAGGCCCAGAUCCACCUGCCCGUGGUGCAGUCGGUGGCCUCCCCAGCGGUGGCCCCCCCCACACUGCCCCCCUACUUCAUGAAAGGCUCCAUCAUCCAAUUGGCCAAUGGGGAGCUGAAGAAGGUGGAGGACUUGAAAACCGAAGAUUUCAUCCAGAGUGCAGAGAUCAGCAACGACCUGAAAAUCGACUCCAGCACCGUGGAGAGGAUUGAGGAGAGCCACAGCCCGGGCGUCGCUGUGAUCCAGUUCGCCGUCGGGGAGCACCGGGCACAGGUCAGCGUGGAGGUUUUGGUAGAGUAUCCUUUUUUUGUGUUUGGACAGGGCUGGUCAUCCUGCUGUCCAGAGAGAACCAGCCAGCUCUUUGAUUUGCCGUGUUCCAAACUCUCCGUUGGGGAUGUCUGCAUCUCGCUGACCCUCAAGAACCUGAAGAACGGCUCUGUUAAAAAGGGCCAGCCCGUGGAUCCCGCCAGCGUCCUGCUGAAGCACUCAAAGACCGACACCCUGACGGGCAGUAGACACAGGUAUGCUGAGCAGGAAAACGGGAUCAAUCCGGGAAGUGCCCAGAUGCUCUCUGAGAACGGCGAACUGAAGUUUCCAGAAAAACUAGGAUUGCCUGCCGCGCCCUUGCUCACCAAAACAGAACCCAGCAAGCCCACAGCAACGAGGAAGAGGAGGUGGUCUGCGCCAGAGACCCGCAAACUGGAGAAGUCAGAAGACGAGCCACCUUUGACUCUUCCUAAGCCUUCUCUAAUUCCUCAGGAGGUUAAGAUUUGCAUUGAAGGCCGGUCUAAUGUAGGCAAGUAGAGGCAGUUUGGGGAAAGGAAAUUUGGCCCCCCCUUAUCAUUUGUAUCCAGAUUACUGUACUGUAGACUAAAUAACACAGUAUUUACAUGUUAUCCUCUUCCUUUAGGUUUCUGUUAUAACUUUGUCAUUAGAGUUACAGCUGGUGUUGCGCAAGAGACUGGUGCAUAUGCUUUUUUCCACGAGUGUCUGUCAGUGGGUGUGCGGGGGGCCAGAGCAGGGCCAGUCCAGGCGCCAGCCAUCCUGGUGGAAAUGAAUGUGGCUUCAGAGUGCCUGCCUUUUCUAGCAGCACAGAAGCAUCCACUGGGCGCUGACUUCUGCUGGUUUCAUGAGAAAGUUCUGCGGGGAGGGAAUUGCAGGGGUGCGUGCGUGCAGGGCUUCAGGGGUGCCGCAGUGAGGGAGGGUCUUUUUCUCUCUGCCUCCCUCUGUCUCACUCUCUCUUGCUCUCAGCACAGCAUUGGAGGUCCAGAGACACGUCCUCAGGAGGUUCUCACGUGCAAAAUAAAUAUCAGGAACCCAGCUUCAGGGCACCCUAGAAAAGCAUCAGACAGCAGAUGGAAAGCUAACCGUGUAAAAGAACAUUUUUUUCCUCCAACAUAUUUUACAAUAAAAGCAACUUUUAAUCAUAUAGAUAUAUAUUUCCCCCUAUGGGGCCUGACUGCACUGAUUUUUUUAAAGAGCAACUGCCACAUGCGGGAUUUCGUUUCUGCUUCACUAGUGCAGUGAUGUCUCCAGAGUGUCUGGGGAGCAGGGCAGCCUCUGUUUGCAUCACUCCACGUAGGGGUGGUGGGCAGUGGGAGAAUGAACACCCACUCUGGUUUCUGUGCAGUGUUAGGAAAACCAAUCAGGUUAUCGCAUUGACUUCGCUCCCAAGAAGUAGACACAAACUGUCCUUCAGAGAGCAGCGGAAGCUCUUCACAUUGGGUUUGCAAAUUUUUUGUCUUUUAACUCUAGUACUGUUUAUAGUUCAUGACUAUGGACAACUCGGGUGCCACUUUUUUUCAGAUUCCAGUGUGACGUGAGGAAUUAGAUUUUGAAGAUGAGCAUAUAUAUUACUCUCUCUAAGCACUUAAAAUGCUGUUCACACUUUAUUACCAAGCAUCUUGGUCUAUCAUUCAACAAGUACUGUAUCUCACUUUAAAGUCUUUGGGAAGAAAAACAAAAAACUAAGUUGCUUUCUUUUUUCAACACUGUAACUACAUUUCAGCUCUGCAAAGUUUCUCACCUCAAGAUAUUGAAAGUUUCAAUGUGGUUUAAAAGGAUGAAUGUGAAUUAUGAACUAGUAUGUGACCAUGAAUGACCACCAAGUACAGCCUGACAGGAAGGCACUUUUCACUUUGAUGUUUGAGAAAGAAUUAAAGGCAUAUGCAGAGCUGGCAGAGAAACUGAGAGAAAAGGGGUGGAAAAAAAGAAUACUCAUUUUUGUCCAGUGUUUUUCUUUUUAAGAUGAACUUUUAAAGAACCUUGCGAUUUGCACAUCUUGAGUUUAUAAUUUGUGUGAUAUUCCUGCAGUUUUUAUCCAAUAACAUUGUGGGAAAGGUUUGGGGGACUGAACGAGCAUAAAUAAAUGUAGCAAAUUUACUUUCUAACCUGCCUAAAUUCUAGGCCGUUUUAUAAGAUUAUGUUCCUUUCAAAUUCAUUUUGGUCUUUCUACCACAUCUGUCACAAAAACCAGGUCUUAGCAGGACAACUCUGAGAAUUUUCUUCAGAUUCAUUGAGAGAGUUUUCCAUAAAGACAUUUAUAUAUGUGAGCAAGUUUUUAAAAAAAUUACUUUAUUACUGUUGUUAUUAAUAUUGUUUUCAGAAUGACUUUUUUUUUCCAUCUGAAAUCAAAUCAAGAUUUAAUGUUUGGUACAAACCCAGAAAGUGUGUUUCAUAAUUUAAACCUUUCAUUCCCAGAGAUCUGAAAUAUUGUUUGUGGGUUUUGGGUUUGCAUUUUAAAGUGCUUUAAAAAAAAUAAAAAAGUUUUAUAAGUAGGGAGAAAUUUUUAAAUAUUCUUACUUGGAAUGGCUGCAACUAGUCUGAACAAAUGCUUAAACUGAAUCUUCUUUUACCAUUGAAAAUAGUACUUCUAAAUUUAAAAAGAAAUUCUAACGUCAAUCCACAUUUUCGCUAUCUAGUAUUCCUUCACAUUUAGUUCUCCCCAGAACUAAUGAUUUUUAUAAACCAUUUUCUGGGAUGUACCAAAAACAUUCGAAUAGAUUUAACAUACCUAGAACCGGUCCUUUACUUUCUUCGGAAUUCAUUACCCUCUCAGCAUGCUAGCAGAGAGCUGGGUGGGCCCAUUCUUGCAAUCAUAAUGCUUAUUUAGUGCUGUAUUUUUGUAAGCGUUUCUGUUCAGAGAACUUGCUUAAUCUUCCAUAUAUUCUGCUCAGGGCACUUGCAGUUAUGAGGUUUUGUUGUUGUUUUAUAACCUUUGAUGGUAAGAGGAAUAUGGGGCUGCCACGUCGACUUUGUCCUCCUUUGUACCACUAUUGACAGCCACUCAUGUGGACUCAGAAAACACACAACCUUUUGGCUUCCUUCACGUAUUGAACUAACACCAACUCUGAAAUGGGAAAACAUACAUGGUUUGGAGCAAUAGGAACAUUAUCAUCACUUUUGUGCUUGUAUUUCAGGUAUAGGAAUUCUAAGAGAAUUGGUUCUUUCUAAUGUCCCAUUUCAUUCUCUUGCUUUUACAGCAUGUGCAAUACUUUCCGUGCCAAUAGAGUUUGAUUAGUGUGCUCUAGUUAAAACUCGUGCCCUUUCGGCUUUUUCCUUGUCAGGAGGGAAGGAGCCAGGAAGGGGAGAGCCUCCCUCUGCGAGCUACACCCUGCUGCUGUGGAUUCUGAGUGCUGGGUGGGAGCCUGCAGGAGCCCCAGUUGUCUGUCACCAUGUUGCAGAAAGAGCAAGCAAAGGAGAUCUAAGGGAUGAGCUGCAGUUCCCCAUCACCUCAAGGAAUAGGGAAGGUGGAGUGUGGAGAGGAAGGAGGCAGAGUCAUUUCUAAGGCACACUCUGGAGCAAUAGAGCCAGGAUCAACCCAUUUUCCAUGCUCUUUUCUGCGAGUGGGCAGGCCCCUCCUCAGGUCUGUGACCUUGAGACAUUGAGCUGUGCCUCUGGGACUGGGCAGGAAGUGCAUGCAGGAAGCGCAUGCACUCCAAGCUUGCUGGCCAGUGGCUGUGGAGAGGGCCACCUGCGAACACUGGUCACCACUCCUCUGUGGCAGCUUUCUCUUCAAAUAGGAAGAACAUCCAGGGGACAGGGAACCUCCUCAUGUUUGCAGUCAUUGGCAAGCCUGAGGUUCCCAGAGCAGCCUUGGUCACCAUUCCUGGGUAGCAAACCUAACAAUGACAGGCGUAGAAAUUCUUCGGUGCCCUGCAGCUUACGAGGAUCAGCCAUGUGCCUCUGUACUAUGUCCACUUUGCAAUAUUUACUGACAGCCGUCUUUAGUUCUCUCUUUCCUGUUCUCCAUUUUUUAACUAAUAACAGCAGGCCUUUUGCGUUUACAAUGGAACACAAUCACCAAGAAAUUAGUCAGGGUGAAAAGAAAAAAAUAAGAAGAAACCAACAAACAAGAACCUCUCUUUAUAGGGAUUUCUAAAUAUAUAAAAUGACUGUUCCUUAAAAUGUUUAACUUAACAGUUAUUUCAGUUUAGGCCACAUUCAGGAGAGGGAGAUAAAGAGAUGGGUGCCACUUACCUCAAAUCUUUUAAAAUGGAAAUCCAAAUUGCAUUUUCAUUUGGACUUUCAGGAUCAUUUUCUAUGUCGGUCAAUUUUUUGUUUUCCCCAACUCGCCCAGUUUGGUUUGGGAUGAUUUGAUUCAUUUUUUUCUUUUUUGUAACUGUUGUUGUUGAUCCCACUUCUAACUCUGAAUUGUAACCCUAUAUGUUUUUUGUUAGGUUGAGUGUGUUGGGUUUUUUCCCCCAGCAGGAAGUGGCAGUAUCUUCCUUCUCCCCUACAAGGAACUCUGCGGAACCUUUCACACCUCUUACUCAGGGAUGGGGCUGGCGUGUGUGUGGUACACUGAUGUGUCCAGAAGCAGCACUUUGACUGCUCUGGAGUAGGGUUGUACAACUUCAAGGAAUGUUUGGAUUUCCUGUGUCUUGUGGAUUACUCCUUAGAUACUGCAUAGAUUGCAAUAUAAUGCUGCAUGUUCACGAUGAACAGUAGCUCCUAGUAAUCAUAAAAUCCACUCUUUGCACAUAGUUUGAUCUUUACUGAAAUAUGUUGCCAAAAUUUAUUUUUGUUGUUGUAGAUUUGGAAUUUGUUUGUUUCUUAAGGAAACAAUUGACAAUACCCUUUAACAUCUGUGACUACUAAGGAAACCGAUUUCUUUCAUAGAGUGAAAAUUCUCAAAUGCUUUUGAAGACACUAAUGCCAUGCUAUUUCAGAUUUGGGUGAAGAAGCAGAGCUCUUGGGACAGAAGGCCAGGCUUUUUGAGCUGUGCUGGUAGCCAUGGCUACUGUUUCAUGAACCGCAAGCAGCUCAACAAACUGUGGUCUGUUCUCUCCUAAAACCCUUUGCGCUUAUUUCCCAGUCACCCAUGAUAAUUCCAGGUGAAAAAGGGCCAGCCGUCUCUGUGGCCCAAUCCAGCUUCUUCGAUGGUGAUAUGAAAGAAAAGGGAAUUGUUGUUUUUUGGUGUUUUUUUUUAAGUGGAGGUCUUUGCUUCCACUUUUGUGUUUUCAACCCAGAAUUUCUGAAAUAGAGAAUUUUAAGACAACAUCAAGUAAUAAAGACACAGAGAAUAUACUUUUUUAUAAAGCACAUGCAUAUGCUAUUGUGUUGGGUUGGUUUCCUCUCUUUUCCACGGACAGUGUUGUGUUUGUUGAUAGGGAAACUCCAAACAAUUUGCACACCUCUACUCUGGAGCUGAGAUUUCUUACAUAGAUGACCUCGCUUCAAAUAUGUUACCUUACUGAUAGGAUCUUUUCUUGUAGCACUAGACCUUGUGGGGAUUUUCUUUUUUCUUUUUUUUUUUUUCAAUGUACACCUAAUUUGAGAAGCUGAAGAAAACAAUUUUUGAAGCACUCACUUUGAGGAGUACAGGUAAUGUUUUUAAAAAUUGCACAAAAGAAAAAUGAAUGUUGAGAUGAUUCAUUCAGUGUUUGAAAGAUAUGGAUCUGUUGAAACAAUGAGUUUCAUACCUUGUUUGUAAAAAAAAAAAAAAAAGCAUAAAGGUUGAAAGUUACAUGUUUUUUUUUUUGUUUGUUUUUCUUUUUGUAUAUAGAAAUUUGUCAUGUCUAAAUGAUCAGAUUUGUAUGGUUAUGGCCUGGAAGAAUUACUACGUAAAAGGCUCUUAAACUAUACCUAUGCUUCCUUUAUGUUUAUGUCACAUAGAGCCCUCUUCUGAGGAAGGGCAACUCUGUAUUCUGCAAUUUGAGAAUACUGUUCAUUCCUAUGCUGAAAGUACUUCUCUGAGCUCCCUUCUUAGUUUAAACUCGUAAGCCAUUGCAACUCCUUUUUCUUCAGAGAUGAUGUUUGACAUUUUCAGCACUUCCUGUUCCAAUAAACCCAAAGAAUAUAAUCCUGAACAAGAAGUGUUUGUAACAAGGGAUCCUAGCUACCAAUAAAACAGGACUCAUUAUGAAGACAAAAAAAAAAAAAAAUGUUCAGCCUUCUUCCCCCCCACACACACCUCAUUUAAAUGGGGGGUAAAACAUGGAUUUCAAUUGAAAUGCCUCAUUUUACUUUAGUUUUAAUUUUUCCUUUAAUAUUGAGGCCAAAAUACAUGUGAGGCAACUUCUCAGAAGUGUUAUAGUCUGUCCAAAAAUCAAGCCAGCCAGCGGAUACUGGACGGCUGUGGGCUAUUGAGCAAACCCACCAACAAUUCUUAAAGCCAGACUCUCCAGCUUCUCCCUUACUGUUAAAUGCAAUGUUUCUGGUAGCUGACAUUCACCUGUACAAUGGCGGGAGGGAACAGUGGCUUUGGUUUUUCACGUCCUCUUGACUUGCAUACAAACGGUUCAGCUGUAUUAAAAUUAAGUGCAUUUGGCCAAUAGGUAGUAUCUAUACAAUAACAGUUUCUAAGAAUUUCCGUAACUUUUCUUGGCUGAAAGGAUUCAAGUCUUCCACUGCAGAUAAUUGGAGACUUCGCCCAAGUUUUCUUUCCCUUUAGUUUGUUCAUUUGCUGUCUGGAUGGCAAUGAGCCUGUCUCCUUUUCCAUGGCCAGUCUGAAGGCCUCCGUUGGAAGCGUUGUUUACAGUAAUCUUUGCUGAAAUAACAUACUGUCCUCUGGUAAAUCAGGUCUGAGGUGACACUAGCUUAGAGCCAUUGUCUUUUAAGAGCAGUUACCAAGAAGUCAGGUGUGCAGGUUUCCUUGGUUCUCACACGAACCAACUACUCUUAAGUUAUUAUCUGGUCCAGGAGUGGAGUAAAUUCUAGUCAGUGAACAAUAAUACUUGAUACCUGUGCAUUCGGUUCUGUGAAUACCGCCCUUUUGGCCUUUUGUGGAGGUUUCUUCCUCCCCAAGCAUCACUGCUCACCUGUAAACCCAAAUGAGUGUCAGCUGAAGGGAGUUUUCAGGAGAGCCCUGCUAGUAUUCAUGGUGGCCUUUAGUUAAAACAGAGUCCUGAUUUCUAGCCAGUGGGAUCCGGGCCCCAGAGCCAUCUGAGAUCCGUACCUAUAGAUGUUUUAAUAGAUCAUUACCCACCAAAAUUUCCAAGUGUGUGCCUCCCACCGGCCAAGGGAAAAGAGACACCAGAAUUGAGGGCGCUAUCAGACUGACAUGGCCAGUACAGAGGAGAACGAGGGAAGGAGUGAUGUUUUGCACCUUAUUGAAAAGAAAAUAUUAAGUGCAUACAUAGUUAAGAGCUUUUAUUGUGACAGGAGAACUUUUUUCCAUGUGCGUGCACACUCUCUGUAAUUCCAGUGUAAAAUAUUGUACUUGCACUAGCUUUUUUAAAACAAAUAUUAAAAAUGGAAGAAUUCAUAUUCUAUUUUCUAAUCGUGGUGUGUCUAUUUGUAGGAUACACUCGAGUCUGUUUAUUGAAUUUUAUGGUCCCUUUCUUUGAUGGUGCUUGCAGGUUUUCUAGGUAGAAAUUAUUUCAUUAUAAUAAAACAAUGUUUGAUUCAAAAUUUGAACAAAAUUGUUUUAAAUAAAUUGUCUGUAUACCAGUACAAGUUUAUUGUUUCAGUAUACUCGUACUAAUAAAAUAACAGUGCCAAUUGCAAAUGUGUCUGUCCUUGCCUUGUGUCAGGUCCUUGAAGGAAGAUGAGGCUGAGAAAAUGCUGGGAAUUCUUCCUUCUUUACCCUCACUGUGAUCGCUGGGUAGGUUUUGGGGGCCACAGAGGCAUUGCCUUUACUACUACUCAUUUUUUGGGGGGUGGGGAAGAGAGGUCAUGAUGAGGUGCUGAGAUAAAAGGCACAUUUCAACAUCGGAUGUCUUGCCUCCUUUUGUUUACCUCUCCCAUCUGAACACUGCUGCUUACAAGAGAGAUGUUUCUAAACAGCACUUGGCAGCUUCAUGGGCUCAUGGAGCAUUAUCGAUACAUUCAGUAGUUUUGCUGCAAACCCAUCAGUGGUCUGAAGGCAGAAAGUUCACUCCUGUUUCCUGUAGUUGGUGCCUGUUAGAAACUCAAGGAGCACGGGGUCACUCAGCAGGCGGAGGGGCCUGGUUGUCUCAAAAAUACUGCACCCCAGCUUUGCACUGUACCAUCUCAGAAAGAUGGGGCUUAGCAGUUGCCCCAGAAAGUAAUUCCUUAAGGACCCGUGAUUUUCAGUGACCUCCCCUGCCCUCACCUGCGCGUGUGGCUUGCAAAUCCUUGCAGCUGUAAGGUCUGCAGAGGUGGACGAGAACUCUCCACAUUCAAUUAGCCGAGGGAGGAAAGGGUAACUCUUAUCAUUUUACUGUCUUCCUGGUUAAGUGUUUGGGGACAUCUCACCAGGACUCUCCAAUCAGGACUCAUGAGCUGAGGCCUUGACACAUUGUGAAUGUCAGUGAUGUGUGAAAGAACGUGCACCUAACCAGCAGUGACUCGGUGACCUGGCAGCCUGGACAGGAAGGGCUGCCCAUGUCCCCUCCUCCUCCAGAGCAGUUUGGGUGGACAGGCUACAUGCCAGGGGCAAGUGUGGGGCAGCAGUCUGAAUCAAUGCCUUCCUUGUCUUGUUUUAGCAUUAGAUGCUAAUGGUUCUGACAAGUUUGGGGUCCGAUGGCUGUGAGACUUCACCUGAACUGAACAUUGAUUAGGGGGAAAAACCUUUGCUUCACUUGCUGCAGUGAGGCAGGCUUUGAAACCAUUGAGAGCACAGCAGGAGCUCCAAGGUCAAUGGCACCUGGUUCCCAGGCUCUCCCUUCCUCCCCGCCCACCCACUGCUUCGCUGGAGGGCCUACAAAUGGGCAGCCACCUGUGUGUCCCGGAUGACACCUGGUCUGAGAGCUGCUCUGGUGCGAGCUCCCCCAGCCCCAUUCCAAUGGGAGGCAGAGGUGAACUGGCUACGGACAAGGGCUGAUGGAGCCUUAGAAGUGCUGCUAUUCGGGAAGCCUCUGCUUCAAAAUGAUCCUGACGAGUUUGUGGCUUUUUCAGUAACUCAGUUUUCACUUCCCUAAAAACAGGAUGGGUGAGGGACCUGCCUUCUGGUUUGUGGAAACAAAGAGCUAGUGUGCAAAGUCGUUGCACACGACAGAAAACAAGCAUACAUCACCGCAGAGAGGCCCCAAAGGGGCCAUACUGGGCUGAAGAGCGUCCUCCUCCCUGAACACUCUGGGUGUAGCACAGGAGCCCAGCCUGAGAGGGGACACUGGUCAGUCCCUUACAACUGACCACUGCUGCUGGUCCAUUUUAAAUGGAUAUCUUUAGGUCCUCCUUCCUUUCACCUCUCUGCCACAUUUUGCAAUAAAGAAACUCAUAAAACUAACAAACGAAAGGGCUUGAGUGUCCAACACAUCUUCCACAGGACAGCAUGGGGAUCGCCCCUCACUCAGGCAGCAAACAAAAGGUGGGAUGCCUCCAGCACAUCUUGCUCUGUGUUAAGCAUCCUCUUGACCCUCAUAUGGCAGAGGUGUAGCCAUUCAUGUUACUACAAGAAUUACUCUUAAUGGAUUUGGGGGGCAAGGUGUUACAACAGACUUCAAGUUGCUGGAUCUGUAAAUGUAUUUCCUGUAACACCAGAAGUGGACCUCUGAUUUCCUGGAACGGGAUGAUUAGGUUGGAGUCGUCAUAUGCUGUCAGUCACCAUGAACAUCAGACAAUUAAUUCGCCCUCAUCCAGUAGGACUGUGUGGUCCUUCCCUACUCCAGGACCAUCACUUGCCUUUUCAAAGAAAUUGUACUCCUGUGUCUGCUUCUUUAGCCUUCUUUAGAAGUAAACACAGUAAAAAAACAUCCUGGCCUGCAUACACUUUCCGGUCCUAUUACUCAAGUAAUGCUUCCAAAAGUAGCCAGCCGUCAUCUGUCCAUCCAUGUUCACUGUUUAAACAAAUGCCAUGGUGGACUGCUUAGGACUUCUGCCAAGGCCAUGGGUCUUUUCUCCGGGAGAACGCCACGGUUACCAGUCAAUGGACUGACCGUUGUACCAGAGGACCGUGUGCUCCUUCCGUCAGAGUAUUCAUCGCCGUAUCAAGGGAACGGUUCUAACUCAUAUUUUAAACCAAUGCCUUUGAGGAAGCUACGGGUCAAGGCUUUUGC